GAGCUACAGAUGGCGUUUGGGCAUCAUAGCAGCAUUUGUGUUUCGGCUUACUUCAGCAUCACUAUAUAUUCAAUCGUUUCAAAUGUAUAUAUCACUAAAAUACCCUUGUUAUAACUAAAUAGCACCGUACAAAUAGUAAAUUGUUUGUAGCCCAACAGAGUGCAACAGUACCAAAUUACAUUUAGAGUUAACAUUUUAGAAUAGCCUUCAGUCAAGCAGUUAGCGGUUAACAUGGACAUUGGCAAUGAGAUGCACCAACAGUUCAUAAAGGACUUUAUCCAGUCUCUGCAGGCGGGCAGCGAGGACAGCAACAGCAAUAGCAACAGCAACAGCUGCAUGCAGAGCAACAGCCGGAGCCUGAGUGACUCCUCACUGAAUCCCAAUGCGGCUGAGUUUGUGCCUUCCUACAUGAAGAGCAGCGAUGCUGACGAUGAUGAGGAGCCACAUCAAUAUCAGCGGCAGGAGCAAAAGCCAUCGGCCAGCUCUUCAACAACACUGGUGGAAAAUACACUGAACCGCAUACAGCGCCAGCUCUAUAAUCUGAUGAAUCAGCUGGGCAACCAGAACUUGCCGCUAACGCAAAUUCGGUUCACUCUGGCACCCAAUGGCCAGGGCAUCAAUGUGCAAUUCAUGGCGCUGGACAGCGGCAAGCGACAAUCGUUGAAUAAGCAUCUUUGUAAUUCGGCCGCAUUUCGCCUGGAGAUCGGCGAUGUUGCAGAGCACAACAAUCGACCUGGCCAUUCCCUGGCUGCACAGUUCUUGAGUCGCAUGGGCAACGUUCUGAACGAUAAGAGCGAAGGCAAGUUGCCGUCGAUAUGUCCCAAGUGCACGGCCUUGCCGAAAAAGCGCAGCUUCACCGAGCUGGAAAUAGACCGUCAGAUCGAGGACAUUAAGGCGUUCGAGAAGUUGAUUAAUGAGGAUGCCGGCGCACGCUAUCAGGACGCAUUUAAACAGCUCUGCCAGAAACUGGGCCUAAGCACAAACGGCGGCCAGGCGCUGGAUUUUGAGUCUACAGAAACUGUUCCGCUGGCGAUAAACGAGAUCAAUAAUGAUGACAGUGAAGUGCCAUUUAAUGAAGAUGAGCUGUCCACUUUGGAAUGGGAUCCAUAUAUGCCGGAAUUAACGACGAUGAAGGUUUAUGGAUACUCGGCUCCGAGUGCCACCGAUGUGCACGUCAACGAUCAAGGAGAUCACCAAAAGGUGCACCAAGAGCAGCUGUCGCUGAAAGAAGACUAUGAGAUGGACGCGCAAACACCAGCUAUGUCAACAACCACAGCUCCUGUGUCCACAGUCUAUCCAAAGCUGUACAAGGUGAAUCAGGUAAAAUGGACCAGUUCGCCGGGGCCGGGGCCGCGCAAAACCGGCACCCACAAGGAGAAGGAGAGCAAAAUACAGCGAUGGCGGUACAGUUCACCAGCAGCAGCAACAACGCCAGCAUCAGCUGCCACACCGUCAGUAAGCGCUACAUCAACAACAGUAGCAGCACCAGCAGCAGCAACAAAUGCCGCCGCAACAGUUACUUCAGCCGGAAGUGCCACAGGAUCGGCGUCUAAAAAGUUGCCGGAGCGUGGUCAUCUAAAUGGCAAUCGGAUCAAGCGCGCAUAUCAGUGCACAAUGCAGCCCAAAACUGGAAAUGCGGGCAACAUGUCCGAGGUGACGGCCAGUCAAAUAGCCAAGCCAAGCUCCAACUACAAGCAGGAGCCGCGUUCACAGAUCGGUAUGCCCAAGCAGCAGCUAGACCACGUCCAUGUUAACAAGUUAAACAAGGCAGCUACCUUGAGCCGCACAGCCGGCAUAGGGUCAACCCAGGGCACCAAGCAUAGUCCUGCAGGAGGAGCUCAGCGAAUUGUGGCGCCACGUAGCACCCAUGCAUCCCAGAUGCGACAGUCCGAGGUGAAGCGCCGCCUCAACCUGAUGCGUGGUGACAACGAUACCGAUGUCCAGUUCAAUGAGUAUCUGUUCAAAUGAGCUAGUCUUAAAAAUUGUUUCAUAAUUGUGUUGUUCGUAACAGCAUGUCUCUGGCAUAACGGUCUUCUUCUUCUACUUAUCAAAUAUGUUGCGAAUCAGCAGAUGCAGCUUAAUUUCUAUCAACCAGUUAGUUUGUUAGUCCUGCCGAACUAGUUCUCUCUCUAUACAUAUAUAUUCAUUUAUAUGUAUAUAUAAAGCACCCACUAUAUAUUUUUUACUUAGCUGAGCUUAAGCUGCGAAUUCAAUAAGAUUGUUAAGCAUUCAACAGGCAAUGAUUGUGUUGUUAUAUAAUAUCAAAUUUUCGUUUUUUAUUUCUGUAAGCCCAAUAAAUAUGUAGCAA